AUGCCGGCCUCUUCGUCCCAUGCUCGGAAGAAUGAUAUCCUUACAAUCAAAGACGCAUCGUUUACUUUCUCACCCGAAGGCACACCAGUUCUCAAAAACAUCAAUAUCGAAAUUUCUCGCGGUACGUUAACAAUGAUUAUCGGUGCAAUAGGAAGCGGCAAAUCAAGUCUCCUGAAAGCAAUGCUUGGAGAACUACCAAGUACUAAAGGAUUUGUAUUCACGAAUACUUCAAGUAUUGCAUUUUGUUCUCAAACCCCAUGGUUACCCAAUAGCAAGCUACGAGAACUUGUGCUUGCGGGAUCAAGCUACGAUGAAGUUUGGUAUCACGCGGUGCUCGCGGCUUGUCUGCUUCAUCAUGAUAUUGCUACGUUUUCGGAUGGCGAGGAAAUAAUCAUCGGUAGUGAUGGGGCUACUCUGAGCGGUGGACAGAAGCAGAGAUUGGCAUUGGAACGCGCAUUAUAUUCCAGAAAAGACUUACUUCUGAUCGAUGACGUUUUCAGCGGACUCGAUUACAAGACAAACAAAGCUGUCUUCCGCAAAAAUUUUGGUCAAGAAGGACUAUGCAAGGUGCAUACUAUAACUGUCGUUCUUGCCACGCACGCAAUUGAACAUCUGCAAUCCGCCGACAAUCUUAUUGUUCUCUCUAACAAUGGCAAGAUUGCAGAACAAGGAAACUUUCGAAAACUGCAAGAAAAUGACGAUAGCUAUGUCAAAGAUUUGAUUUUCCAUGAAAGUCCAGAUGAGAAAUCAGACGAAAUCUCAGUCACAGAAACGGCGAACAAAACACCGACUAGACCAAAAUCGGCUGAAACCAACGACUUCAACCGCCAAGAUGGCGAUGCCAGUGUAUACUUCUACUUUGCGGAAUCCGUAGGCUGGAUCUAUUUCUCUCUUUUCAUCGGAUCAGUACUUUUGUGUCUACACAAAUCUAUACAUGGGUUUAUACGCAAUGCUAUCCAUAAUAGCCUUGUGUGGGAUGGGGGGGUUGCUCUGCGUCACAUUGUUAUUUGCAGCGGGAUAACGUUGAAUAGUCAAGAUAUGAAUUUAAUCGACAUGGAGCUCUUGACAGGAAUCGUCGACACAUUCGCAGGUACAUUCAUGGCCAUUGCUCAAGCGAUACUUAUUGCCACUGGAGCCAAAUACGUCGGAGUCAUUCUUCCAUUCAUAAUCGGCACUCUUUAUAUUCUCCAGAAAGUGUACUUGAAAACAUCGAGACAACUUCGAUUGUUAGAUCUAGAAUCCAAAUCACCGCUCUACUCACACUUUACGGAGACGCUCAGCGGACUCACGACCAUCCGCGCUUUUGGAUGGCAAACCCAAUCCGCUGAGAAGAAUCGAAAACUUCUGGAUCUCUCACAAAAACCUUACUAUUUACUCUACUGUAUACAGAGAUGGCUCAAUCUUGUUUUAGAUCUCAUCAUUGCUGGCAUUGCUGUUAUUCUCAUCACGUUUGCAACACAGAUUCGUGGGACUACUAGUGCAGGUACUCUCGGUAUCGCUUUGGUGAAAAUUCUACAGUUCAACUCGACAUUGAGUUUUCUGAUUAGAAAAUGGACUCAGCUAGAAACUUUUAUUGGUGCUGUAGCUAGAGUGAAGAGCUUUGAAGCGAAUACUUUGUCGGAGAAUGGUCCUUUGGAAGUUAAUCUACCGCCACCUGAAUGGCCUGUUAAGGCUAAAGUCGAGUUCAGAAAUGUGACUGCGACUUAUGGUAACGAUGAACCUGCUGUGCGGGAUGUCUCAUUUUGUAUCGAGGGUGGCACGAAAUUGGGUAUAGUUGGAAGGACUGGUUCUGGGAAAUCAUCUCUAACAUUAGCACUCUUCCGGAUGCUCGAGCUAAAAACAGGAGAUAUCCUCAUUGACAAUAUCUCCAUUUCUACUCUCCGCCGUGAAUCAGACAUUAUAUGCGAUAACGGAGGUUUAGAAGCUUCCAUGGACGCAACGCCUCUCAGCCAAGGCCAACAGCAACUUUUCUGCAUCGCAAGAGCAUUGAUCAGGAAAGUAGCGUUGGGAAAUAAGAAUCAUGGAAUUCUGGUGCUUGAUGAGGUGACGAGUAAUGUUGAUUCUGCCAGUGAAGAGAUCAUGUUGCGGAUUCUGGAUGAGGAAUUUAAGGGCUGGACAGUACUUGCUGUAGCUCAUAGAUUGGGAACGAUUAAGAGUUACGAUAGAGAUCUGGUUCUUGAUAAGGGGAGUGUGGUGGAGGAUGGAGCGCCGGAGGAUUUGAUCCGAAAAGAGGGAGGUCUAUUUAAGGAAUUAUGA